UAGUUUGUUGGUUUUGUGAGGAAGUAUAUUUUUUUUAAUCUAACGUCACGGCUUGUUUUUUUUCUAAAAUUCACAUUAUUCUUGUUUCCCUUUAAAUCAAGAAUAUGCCUUUGUUCGCCAGUUUAAUUGAACAGCCUAGAACUACUUUACUGGAUAUUUUAAAGCAGAAUUUGGAAAUUACAAGAAGGGAGACGCACAUAGAUAGAAAGGUAUUAAUUGGAGAGCAUGACUUGGGAAUGUCACCGAAAUGGGGUGUAGGGGAGUCAAUUCGAAACGUUGCUGAAGAAAUAAAUGAAGAGUACACCGAUGAAAAAUUAACUGGAGUUUUACUGUGUUAUCCUAUUUACUUUUGUGUAGUAAUUGAUGGAUCUGAAAACACCCUUAGUAAAUUCAUAACGAUGCUUAUAAAAAAGUAUGGAAGCCAAAUUAGAAAGUUUAAGAUGUUGGCCCAUUUUCAUAAUAUUUACGCGAGAUUUGUAGAUGAUUGGAUUGUAGCAUCAGGAAAGCCUCCAAAAUUAUGGAAAAAGAUGCCUACUGACGCUGACAUCGAAAGGACUUUUAAAUAUGUCACAUUUUGCGUUAAAAAGUUGUUUGGACUUUGUACUCAAAUAAAGCAGCAAACCCCGCAAGUGCAAGGGGCCGUCUCCACAUUGGAGAUUGGUAAAUCUAGCAUGUCCUUUGAAUAUUCUACUACAACUUUGGAAUCAUCAAUUAGCUUAUUAAAUACAGGUCCUGUGUCUUCUUUCGGUGCACAAGAUAAAGGUAAUAAAUGGAGAGACUUUCUUCCCGAAUAUGGAUUACUUCAGUUUCUUUUGGAUUCACCUUACGUAACUAAUGUUUUUGAUCUGCUCAAUAAAAUGAAAACAGUUCCAGUAUUGGAUAUAACAGAAGAUUUUUGUUGGCCUCAUGGAGAAUCUAUAAAUAUUGAUGAUUUUUUCAAUAAACCUAGUGAUCCGGCUUCCGAUCUUCCACUUCGGUAAUUGACUUGAUGUAGGUACCUACAUAUAUAUGCAGAAUAUGCUUGGAUAUUGGACGAAGUUAUUCCUUUUAAAUGU